GAAUAUAACUAGGGUUUAUAGAGUCUGUAUAUAAUCGCUUUUCUUCUUCCUCACAUCCCACUUGCUCGCCGUCACGGGACUCUUCACUAUCUCACUUGCAAGGAAGGAAAUCUGUUAAACAUCCGAACUAAAACAACAAAAAUGUCAGGUGAAGAGGUUGUUCCUGCAGCUGAGACCACCCCAGUCCCUCUGGGUGAGGCAAUGGAUCUCAUGACGGCAUUGCAGGUUGUGCUCAGAAAGUCACUUGCUCAUGGUGGGCUUGCUAGGGGCCUGCAUGAAGGUGCAAAAGUGAUUGAGAAGCAUGCAGCCCAGCUGUGUGUAUUGGCAGAGGACUGCAACCAGCCUGACUAUGUCAAGUUGGUGAAAGCUCUUUGUGCUGACCACAAUGUGAGCUUGCUGACAGUUCCUAGUGCAAAGACCCUUGGCGAGUGGGCUGGUUUGUGUAAAAUUGACUCUGAGGGAAAGGCCAGGAAGGUUGUUGGUUGUUCCUGUGUUGUUGUGAAGGACUUUGGCGAGGAAAGCGAUGGUCUUAAUGUUGUCCAACAGCAUGUUAAGUCUCACUGAGUAGUUUCAAAUGGUCCUAAACUCAUUUGAUGGGGGUCAUAAUUAGAUGAUAUUCAUAGAGACCUCUGUUUUUUGUUUAAUUUGUGGGCUGUUUUGCUCGAUAGAAUUCCUUUUUUUUUUUUUUUUUUUCGAGUGUUCAGUUAUUGCCUCAGUGUUUUGUUUAGCUUAAUUGCAAUUGAACAUCUCAUUUUCAUGUUUUUGGCUGGAUCUAGCAAUUAUGUUUUGAGCAAAAGUUGACACUUAGAACAUGCCAAUUUAUCAUAUUACAAGCUUUCCUUGAA